AUGUGGAAUGGCAAUAAAGAAAACGAAAGUGAUGAUGAGUACAUUGCAAGAGAAACAAAAGUGUCAACUCUAGAAAAGUAUAGAACUGAAGUCAUAGUGGCAAUUCUUGUUACAUCAAGUUUAUAUGUUGUUAUAUUUGUAUCUUUUCAAAUCCAGAUACAUAUAAAACGUUUAGAAGAAAUAAACAGGAAUAAACAUUUAGUAGCAAUCAAGGACAGAAGAGAAAUAAGACGUUACGUUAGAAUUCAGAUUAUUGGUAAAGAAGGAGUUGGGAAGUCAAGUCUUGUACGUAGAUUAGUUGGAGAAUCUAUUAUGAAAGUAAACAGCACGGAUGGAAUCGAUAUUGUUAAAACAUGCCAAAUAAGAACAACUGAUGGUGAAUGGGUCAUUGGUAAAGUUGAAACUGAGAGAAAGAAAAUAAUGAAAAGGAUACGAGAGACUCUAAAAAAAGAACACAGACAAAGCGAUUUUUCAUUUUCUGCUCACGUAAUUCCAUCUGAAGAGGAAACCAACGAGGAAGAAAGGAUUUCGUCUAAAGGACCGCUGUCUGGAAUUAAAAAGAAACUAGAGAAACAUCCUACAACUGUUUCAAUCGACAAAGCAUUAACAAAUGAAAACAAUGUUAACAUUACGGACACUAUUACCACGGUUGCAGAACAAUCAAAUUUUGACAAACCUAUGAAAGAUAAUGUUGUACUAUCUACUAAUGAUAUUAAUAAAUCCGGAGAUUCAAUAAAAAUUGAAGAUAUGAGGAAAAAGAUUUUCGAACAAAUGGAUGAAAUUCUUGUUAAAGUUAAGAUAGAUCAAGACAAAAUGACAUCUGAGAGUUUUGUCGAAUGUGGUCUUUGGGAUUUUGCAGGGCAGAAAGACUAUUAUGCCACACAUCAAACUUUUCUAAACCCACACGCUAUCUAUCUCCUUGUUACAAAUAUAUCUGAAGCCAUAUCAGCUACAGAAGGUGAUAAAAACUUUGAUUCAAUUGAAGAAUACAUUGACUUUUGGUUAGAUAGUAUUCAUUGUCUACGUACAAGUUCUCCGGGACACGGUUUAUAUCCACCUGUCAUUGUAGUGUGCACUCAUAUUGACCAGUAUAAGAAAGAUAAAGAGGUUGAAGAUAGGAAGAAAGAAUAUAUCAAAAGAUUUAAAGAAGUUUUUGGAGAAUACGAUAAAGCUAAUCACAAUAGAGGCAUCUACUUUAUUUCUAACACAGAAUGUCUUAAAAGCGACUGUAAAAAAUUGAAAGAUAAAAUUUCUGAUGUUGCAAAAGAAAUGAGUUUUUUUGCUGAGGAACUUCCUAUGCAGUGGAUCCAACUUGAAAAUGCGUUAAGCGUUUUGAAAGACGACUCAAAACAGAAUAUAUUGUCAUGGCAGAGUUUUGUGGAAUUAGCCCAAAUGCUUUUUAUCAAAGAAAACGAACUUCUUCCUUUCCUAUCUUACCAGCAUAAAAUUGGGAGCAUUAUUUUUUUUGCUGACAUAAAGGAGUAUAUCAUUUUAAAGCCGGAUUGGUUAGUUAAGUGUUUUAGGUGCCUAGUUUGCGAUGAUCAUCCAAAAAAAAGAAAUAUUGAAAUAGUACAGUUAACCGACUGGACCAAUCUGGAAAAGACAGGACAAUUAUCAGAUAACAUUAUUGAUAGACUUUUUGAAAAAGAACCUGAUUUAGAGUUUGGAAAAUAUAAAACACACAUACUUAAUGUGAUGGAAAAAUUUGAUAUUAUAGUAAAACCUCAGUUUACAGCAACCAAAAACGUUUCAAAUCUGAUACACAAAUCAUACUAUAUGCCAUGCAUGAUUACAACGCAAUCGACUUCUCUCGAUAUUAUUCAGAAAAGUUUCGGAAGUGAAAGGAGCAGUUUUCGUUCUUCACCAUGGUUGAUACUCGAAUUUAAAUUUCUCCCCCUUGUUUAUUUCAAUCAUAUUCUAUUCUAUUAUAUUACAAAAUAUACAGUUUGUGAAGAGACAGAUGGGCGAAAAACUUUAUAUAGAGGAAAAGCAUUGGUCAAUUUAGAUAAAACCGGACUCAGAACGUUAUGUAUCUGUUUUUCAAAGAAUAGUAUUGCCUUACAGAUAUGGAGAUUCACUAAUGCCAAGUAUAGUCGAUAUGACACACUUUUAGAAGAGCUUUGUAGAAAAAUUGAAGAGUUAAAGAUAAAAUUAAGCCAGAACAUAUCUUACGAAAUAAAAGCGAAAUGCAGAAAUGGGGAUUACUCUAACACACAAGGCAGAAUAACUUAUAAAGACCUGGGUGAAAAGUGUGAACAAGGACGCUACUUAUGUCGUGAGCAUAAAUGUACACAUAGUAAGGACGACUUAGAAAAUACCUGGUUACAGUUUGCUGACAUAGUUACGGCGAAAUUAAAAAAAGAGCAGGAUGACAAGAAUUCAACGAAUACCUUUGAAAAGGAACCUAUCAAAAACAACCUUCCUGUUUCUGUCACUUUGCGUACACCGUUCAAUAUAAAACAGUCAACACAAGAACGUCAACUUGUGUAUGGCUAUAUCAAAACAGGCCAUACAUUGGUGUUCACCGACUGUUUGAAUGACCGACUGAUUAUUUGUAAUUUAGACGGUACUGAUAUCCAUCACAUUCCUCUGUUCUAUUCACCAUAUUAUAUAACAGUGGUUAAUAGUAAUACUGUAGCAGUAUCAUGUAAACACGGCAAAAUCAUACUGAUAAUAAAUAUAUCUACAGGUUUUGUCACCAGUAUAAAAACCAUUGGUCGCUGCAACGGAAUAUCAUAUACUAGUAAUGAUAACAACUUGUACGUUGUAAUUGGUGGGAGUACAAUACAUGUGAUAGACAUGACGGGUACAGUAAAACGUAAAAUACCUUUACAUUCAAAGAGUAUCUACGAUAUUACAGUAGACAGAGGCAGGUUGGUCUGUAUUGACGUUACAACAAUAUACUGCUGCUCGUUGAAAGAUGGAAAACUAAUUUGGAAGUUUAAAAUGGAUGAAUUUCAAGAUUUACGUCGUGUGACAACCGAUAAUGAGGGUUAUGUCUAUGUAACGGAUGAGAGAACAAACACUGUAGUAGUAGUUUCUGAUAAUGGUCAACAACGCAAAGAAAUCAUUACUAAAUCAGAUGGAUUGAUAAAGCCUUGGGGAAUUCAUUUUGACAAAGAAGAAAGGAUUCUGCUUGUUUGUAAUAGUAGUGACGGACAGGCUUUUCUCUUUGACGUGGAAAAGAAAGCAGCAUAAUAAAACACGAACAAUUUUUUCAGACAAUGAGUAGAUUCGAACUCGGAUAAUUAACUUU